AUGGAACACAGCACGCAAAAUGAGAAGUUGCAGCAUGGAGCGGAUACUUCGUCCAACUUGACGGAUUCGGGUGGCGGUACGGUGGAAGGUGUCGAGAAUGCCCAGUUCUACAUCGAUCCGAAAGCAGAGGCUCGGCUUCGUCGGAAGAUUGAUUGGAUGAUCGUGCCGACAGUCUGCUUGCUGUACCUCUUCUGCUUCAUCGACCGAGCAAACAUCGGAAAUGCCCGUCUCGCCGGUCUGGAAGAAGACCUCGGAAUGAAGGGAAACGACUACAACCUCGUUCUCUCCGUCUUCUACAUCAGCUACAUCAUAUUCGAGAUCCCCGCGAAUCUGCUUUGCAAAUACAUGGGCCCUGGCUGGUUUAUUCCUCUGACAUCCCUCGGCUUCGGCCUCUGCUCCAUCUUCACCGCGUUUGUUUCGAACGUUCCCGAAAUUUGCGGCGUCCGCUUCGUCUUGGGUAUCUUCGAAGCGGGCAUGCUGCCAGGAAUCGCAUACUACAUGUCGCGAUGGUAUAAACGAUCAGAGCUUACGUUCCGAUUGUCGUUGUAUAUCGUCAUGGCGCCAUUGGCAGGAGCUUUUGGAGGCCUUCUUGUGUCUGCGAUUCUGAAGCUCCCGAAAUUUGGGAGGUUCCACAACUGGGAGAUGAUUUUUGCCAUUGAAGGAAUUAUCACUGUCGGCCUAUCCUUGAUCUCAUUUGCCACCCUCACCGACCGCCCCGAAACAGCCCGAUGGCUCACCGAAGAAGAAAAGGUCCUCGCCAUCAACCGCAUCAAAGCCGAACGUCUCGGAACCACCGAAGUGUUAGACAAGAUGGACACAGCCAAGAUCUCGGCCGGUAUCCGCAGUCCAGUCACGCUAUCCACCUCGGCCAUUUUCUUGCUCGACAACAUCACAGUCCAAGGUCUCGCUUUCUUUUUACCCACCAUCGUCAGAACCAUCUAUCCCGAUCGGACGACCAUCACGCAGCAACUCUUCACCGUCCCACCAUAUGUCGUCGGGGCCUUCUUUACUGUCCUCAUCCCAGCGUUUAGUUACAAGCUUGAUCGUCGGCAGAUCUUCAUCAUUCUCUGCGCGCCCAUGGUUAUGGUCGGAUACGCCAUUUUCCUGGGGACUACGAACGGUCACGCACGCUACGGAGCUACGUUUUUGGUUGCUAGCUCGGCGUUCGCUUUGGCGCCUCUUACAAAUUCUCACAUUAGUGCCAAUGUCCUCAGCGACACAGCAAGAAGCGCGGCGAUCGGAACUAAUGUGAUGUUCGGCAAUGUCGGUGGUUUAAUCUCAACUUGGUCUUUCGUCAAGAGCGACGCUCCGAAUUAUCCCAUCGGAAAUGGGUUAAACUUCGCUACGUCGAGCACAAUCUUGGUGUUGGGUACUUUAACUUUGUGGUGGAUCAAGCGCGAUAACCGGAAGCGGGCGAGCAGGUCUGCCGAGGCUGAGCUUGCUGGAUUGUCUCAGCAGGAGAUCCAAGAUCUCGAUUGGAAGAACCCAAACUUCAGAUGGGUUGCGUAA